UAGUCAGGCCCAUCGCAAUUUAUCUUGUAUUCCAGUAUAUCCUUAAUAUGUGGGAAAGGGUUUCAACAAUCUUGAAUAUAUUACGAAAGAUAUUAAACUCAUUGCUAGCAAAGGUGAAUGUGUUUCACUAAAUUAUUUGAAAUUUGUUUUAUUAAAUUAACCAACGGUAACUACAGUUUCCUGCGGGAAUGUGAUUGGAGAUAUGAUAUCUCCAGUUGAGUUUUCUUUAAUUUGAUUUAUCUCCUCGAUGAUUCAUUAAGUUAAAUAUUAUGUAAUGAAUUUUAUUAUUAUUAGCUUAUCUCAGCGCUUGAGUAAAAUACAAACUGAAAAAUAAAGCUCUGUAACUCUAGAAAGUUUAAUCAAAUGACAGAGUAUUAUGAAUAGAAUUAAUAUUAAAAUAUUUUUAUUAAAUAAUUGAGUUGCAGUUUCAUAAUAAUCAAACGCUGUAUUUUUAGUUUUUGCAAAAGUAUAACAAAAUCAACGUGGAAAUCAAUUAGUUUAAAAAGUAACUAAACCCCUUACUACAUCAAACAUAUAGUAAGGGUAAAUAAAUAACCUCUUUUAAUUUAUUAAUAUUUGCCACCAAUCCGCACUGAUACUAGUGAAAUAACAGAAUAUAGAUUAGAAGUGAUAUAAAUGUAUAGUGUAAUGUGUAAUGUUAGAAACGGAACAUCUCAGUUUACAAGAUUUUAAACAGGAGUUGAUGUCUAUGUUGAACUCUUGGAAAGCUGAGCAACAGACCACACUAUCAAAACUUAUUACUGAAAUUGAUGCACUAAAAACCCAGUGUACCGAAAUUCAAAAAACAAAUGCGGAAAUUGACAAUACGUUGACUUUUUUGAACACUCAACACGAGGAAAUGAAAGUUAAAGUUGAAAGACUAGUGGUAGAAAAGAACUUAAACAGAGAAUAUAUAAUUUCGAUGGAAAAACAACUUGAGGAGUUACAACAACGUAGUCGUUCUGCAGCUAUAGAAAUCAGGGAUGUACCUGGAACAAGCCAAGAAUCAGAGAGUGAUUUAAUAGCUACGGUUAAAAAACUUGCAACCACAUUAGAUAUUACCAUCACGGACCAUGACAUCAGAGAUAUUUAUAGACGACCUGGAAAACCUGGUGCAAUAAAAGCAAUUGUGGCGGAAUUCAACUCGGUACAAAUGAAAGAUGCAUUCAUCAGAUCCGCUCGUGGCUUCAACAAGGAUAAACAAAUAUCGCAAAAAUUAAAUUAUGGACAUAUCGGAAUAAGUGGAGAAAUAAAACCGAUUUUUGUGGAUGAGUAUCUUUCCUACUCAACCCGUAGACUUCUUUUUCGCGCUCGUGAGUUUGCUAAAGCCCAGGGCUACAAAUUUUGUUGGGUGGCGGGGGGCAAGGUACUCCUCCGCAGAGACUCUAAUGCAAAAUUUAUCCAUAUUAGAACGGAGCAGUGUCUAUUUAACUUACUUAUUCCGACAUAAGCUUGUUACUAUUAUAGUACACUUUAUAAAUUUAACAAAAUAUACUAAAAUAUCAUCAAAUCAAACAAUAAAUUCAACAAAAAGAACUUAUACAUUUAUACACAAAUAUAACAAAAUUAUACACAUUACUACCCACACUCAAUUACAAUAUCUUGCAGCAAAAAGACUUAAAAUCCACUAUAUGCUAGACAACCUUAUCUGCACUUUAAGCACAUUUUUCAUGCGACUAUGCUUCGUUAUAUUUCGUCUUAUUUUCAAUGUUGUUCAAAAGAUAUAUUUAAAACCAUUCAGAACAAGUAUUUCAAAGAGCUUUUUGUACCUUAGCCUUUUAAAAUUGAACUUCACAAUUGAUGUAGUAAUUUACUGCAUCACUGUUAUGAGAACGACUGGAAUAAUAAAUGGCUAUCAUAUUUAAUGACAUUGACAACUAUCACAUUGCACAAUCAAACUAUUGUAACCCUCAGAGUUGUAAUAAUUAUGUUCACAAUAUUUCAUCCCUUAAAAUUAUUCAUGUAAAUAUAAGAAGUAUAAACAAAAACUUUGAUAAUUUCAUAAUGUUUAUGGCAAUAACCAAAGUACAAUUCGACGUUAUUAUUCUGUCGGAGUGCUGGUUGAAGUUUAUUUGCAAUCCUCCUCAGUUGGAGGGAUAUAAUUUAUAUUCAACACAAAACAAUCUUCUGCAGAAUGAUGGUGUUGUCCUUUAUAUAAAAUCUAUCUUAAGCCAUACAAUUAGAGAACCGUCUAUUCGUGAUGCCAAUUGUCUGAUAUGUUGUGUAGAUAACGUAGCUAUAAUCGCAGUAUAUAGGUCACCGUCAUAUACUGAUUUAGAUAAUUUUUACUCUGACAUAGAAAAUAUUGUUGACUCUCUAAAAUUUCCAACUAUUACAAUAAUUGGUGAUUUGAACGUUGAUAUAAAAAACAAUAGCUCCAGUCGCCAAUAUGAAGAAUAUCUGACCUUCAUGUCCUCUAUGGGGUUUCUUCCAGCACAUAUUUUACCAACUCGUCUAGAAAACUGCCUAGAUCACAUUUUUCUAAAAACAAAACUAAAAGCCAAAGUAGCAGUCAUUCAGACAGACAUUACUGAUCAUUAUCCUACUGUGCUUUCACUGAAACUAGGUAAAACUAAUUAUAAUUUAUCUCAUAACAAUGUGAUUACCUAUAAAUAUGAGCAAAUAAAAAAAGAACUAGAUGAAUUCAAUUACAGUGAAAUACUAAUGAACAAAGAUCCAGAAAAAUGUAUCGAUUCGUUAAUUAAUAUAAUUAAAACUACGAUAGAUAAAUAUACAACAAAUCAGAGAGUCUCGAGAAAAAAUAAAAUAAUAAAACCUUGUAUAACACCUGGUAUACUGCGAUGUAUUCGAAAUCGCGAUGCAAUGCACCUUCGGAUGAGAAAAGCACCUGAUAACUAUAUUCUCCAGACUACUUAUCGCAGAUACCGGAACUUCUGUAAUGAUCUUAUAAAAAAACUGAAAAUUACUUAUGAAAAAGAACAGUUAGAAAAGGCAAAAAAUAAACCCAAAGAGUUGUGGAGGGUCAUCAAAAAUAUUACUAAUACGCAGAAUUCUAAUAAUAUCCCCAAUGACCUCCUGAACAUUAAGAAAGACAAUAAAACAUCUUUGAAUUUUAUUAAUGAUUAUUUCUCAAAUAUUGGAGAAGACUUGGCUGGAAAGAUUGUUCGUCCUACAUUUUCACUCACUGUUGAUCAUAUUUCGAAAAACAACCGUCAUAACAAUACAUUUGUCAUUCUUCCUAUUGACGAAAUUGAAGUCAGAAGCCUAAUAAUGGGUCUCCGCAGUGAUUGUGCUCCUGGAUGGGAUGGAAUAUCUUCUCGGAUUAUUAAACAAUCCUGUGCUAUACUAGCCCCGGUGUUGGCCUAUGUAUUCAACCUAUGUAUCUUACAUGGGAUUUUUCCUCGAGCUCUGAAACAUGCUAUAGUUCACCCAAUUCACAAGAAGGGUAGCAGGGACUGUGUUUCUAAUUAUAGACCUAUUUCUGUCCUAACUACUCUAUCGAAAAUACUAGAAAGAUACCUCAACUCUUCAUUUGUUAAAUAUCUCGAAAAGUAUAAACUUCUAUCUACAAAUCAGUUUGGUUUUAGACGCAAUGUUUCUACAGAAGACGCUGUAUUGAAUUUUGUGAAUGCUCUAGUUAGGAAUAUUGAAUGCAAGCACAAAUGCUACGGCAUUUUCCUAGACCUAUCCAAGGCUUUCGACACAGUCUCUGUUCCCUUACUAUUAACAAAACUAGAAUACUAUGGCGUACGAGGUCUCAGUUUAGCUAUUUUUACCAGUUAUCAAACGCAGCGCUCUCAAAGUGUUAAAAUCGGGUCAAUAGUAAGUAAUCAAAACUAUAUUAACUAUGGUGUCCCACAAGGAAGCAUUCUAGGUCCCUUGCUGUUUCUCAUAUAUAUUGACGAACUAUGCCGUCUAUCGCUUCAUAACUGUAGUAUCUUUGCUUAUGCUGAUGAUACUGCUCUUCUAGUCUACGGUAGUGACUGGAUCACAGCAAAAUACAAUGCCGAAAAGGCGCUUAAAAGUAUUAGUCAGUGGUUAUCCAUAAACCUACUAACUCUGAAUAUAGAAAAAUCACAGGCUAUACAAUUUGAUAUAAGCAAAACUAAGAAAUCAGCUUCAGCUCUUCCCCAGGAUAUAAAAAU